CAACAAACAAAACAGUGAAAAAUAAUUAUUUAGAUUCUUAAAUGUGAUUACUUUCGUUUGCAAAUAUUGAAUUUUUAGAAUACCAAUAGUUUAUAAACAAGUUACUUAUUGUAUAUGUUCCCUCACAGAAAUAAAUUUCCAUAAUGAGCCAACAGGAACCUUUUCUACAACAAAGAAUCCUUGCAAACCUUUGCAGAACUUGCAUGACCGAGAUCGAAUAUCCAAAUUCGACUUCCCUAUUUUCAGUAUUAAGUAAAUCUAACAAUGAAGAAGCCCUUGAUUCUAUUUUAUACAAAUGUACUUCUAUACAGGUUUGCUAUUCAGACAUCUUACCACUAAGCAUUUGCCGUAGCUGCUUAGAAAAACUAGUAACAUGUUAUUUAUACAGAGAACUAUGUUUUGAUACACAAAUCAGAUUAUCUCAAUUAUACGAUUCGCUCAAGGAACCAUCAAACUACAUUGAACCUGUAUUAGAAAAUUCCAUAGAAUCAGCAAAAUCAAUCGAAUAUCCCAUAAACGAUGCCACCAAGAUAGAAGAAUCCUGUGAUUUAGAAAACUUAGGCUGUGAUCAAACUUCAUUUGAAGAACCCGAGGAAAUGCUGAAAAAUAAUUAUGCAUGUGAAACUUGUUCAAAAAAAUUUAAUUCCAAACAUUCACUCGAUAGACAUUCAAAGAUUCACACUCAAGCGGAAUCUUUAAAAUGUCCUCAUUGUCAAAAAGCAUUUACAAGAAAAACAGACGUAAAACGUCACUUGAGCACUCACACAGGAAAUAAACCAUACAUUUGUUCAAUUUGUCCAUGCAGUUUUACCCAAUCCGGAACUCGUACCAAUCACAUGAGGAUAAAACAUGGCAUUGUGGACAAAAAAAAGUCUUUACAGGAAAAAUCGUUUCUUUGUUCUAUGUGCGGUAAAUGUUUCCGACACAAAUCCACUUUAACUGUACAUUUGAGACGACAUGUCGGCGAAAAACCUUACGAAUGUCAAAUUUGUAAACUUAGAUUUGUUUCAAGUGGCAGAUUGACCUCACACUCAAGAAUCCAUACAGGAGAGCGGCCUUAUGUGUGUCACAUUUGCAAUAAAAAUUUCGCCCAUGCAACAGUGUUAUCUACACAUCUUAAAGGCCACACAGGUCAGAGAGAAUUCAAAUGCAGUUAUUGUAGCAAGAGGUUUUCCAAGCCUUAUUAUCUUAACAUCCAUAUAAGGCAACAUACUGGAGAGAAGCCUUUGAAAUGUUCGAUUUGCAAAAAAUCUUUUGCUUGUCCGAAAAAUUUGAAAGCUCACGAAAAAAUACAUUCCAAUGAGAAACCUUAUUUGUGCAUGCAAUGUGGCAAAUCGUUCAGAAGAGCUUACCAUCUGAAAGUUCACAUGAAAUUACAUAAAUAAUGCACCUUGUAAAUAUUUCAAUAAUUAAAGCAUUUUAAUUUUAAAAACUAACAGCUUUACAAGCAAUAGAGCAAUUUCUACAAAAUUUAUUAUGCUCAUGCCUAAUAGAAGAGACACUAUUCCACCAAAAGUACCUAAAAAAAAUUUUAUUUAGGUGCUAAUAAUAAUAAUUGUAAUUUCAAGUUUACAUACUUAGAGAUUCGUACCAAGUUACCGUUAAAAACUUCUUAUAGUGGUUUGUAAACGCUUUGUUUGAAAAGACAUGAAUCCUGGAAC